AGGCCACCCUUGUGCGAGCAGCACUUCCUUUGUCAACAACAAGAGUAAAGACCCAGGAAGUCCAGUCAGCUGACACCACAGCAUAAAACAGCUGAGCGUUUAGCCCAACACUUUUCAUUUGAAAGUCUAAUGUGGCGCGCAUAACUGAGGUAGUCUAGAUGUGAGUAAGAUUCAAAGGCAGAUGCGGACUGACUGAAAACCCUGUCGUCAAUCCCCCAGUGCAUCGAUGUGUAUAAUUUUCUUCAAGUUUGACCCUCGGCCUGCAUCCAAAAAUGCCUACAGGCUAAUUUUGGCUGCAAACAGAGAUGAGUUUUACAACAGGCCAUCCAAGGCUGCGGACUUCUGGGGCACCGGCAAUGAGAUCCUCAGUGGCCUGGACCUGGAGUAUGGCAAGGAAGGAGGAUCAUGGCUGGGGAUCAACAAGAAGGGCAAACUGGCUGCCAUCACCAACUACUUGGAAGGACAUCCCAACCCUGAUGCACAGGGACGAGGAUCUCUAGUAUCUAACUAUCUCAUGGACAAGGAUGUAGAGAGUUACUCCUACCUGAAGAAAGUGUCAACAGAGGGCCACCUGUACAAUGGCUUCAACCUCAUCACAGCAGACUUCAAAGCCAAACAAGACAUUGUGUGUUACUAUGGAAACAGAGGUAGCUCUGAACCCGUUCAUCUAAAACCAGCAGGAAUCUAUGGCUUGAGCAAUUCACUGCUGGACACUCCAUGGAAGAAAAUGCUGCAAGGCAAGCGCCACUUCACCAGCAUUGUCAACGACCAGUCCCUGUCCUGCGAUGGGCUGGUGCAAGAGCUGCUCAAUGUCCUCAAUAAUGAGGAACUGAACGCACCUGAUCCUGCUCAGGAGAACCAGGGUGAUGGCCACAGCAAGCCCAUGAUCCGGGCUCUGUCGGCGGUGUGUGUUCGCGGACCUGAUUAUGGCACAAGGACCAACACAGUAAUCCUGAUCGACGCGGAAGGGAACGUGACCUUCACAGAGCGCACCAUGCUCAACUGUGAUACCAGCAAGUGGAGCACCAGUUCCUUCCAGUUCAAGCUGGAGGGAUGAAGACAUGAUGGAGGAAAACCACUCUGUGCCUUUCUGCAUUACCUUUCCCUCCAUCACUGCCAGGUCCCCUCCAGCUGUAUUGAAAACAUUCAAAAUCCAAAAGACUAUGUGAAAAUGAAGUCUCAUUUGCACUUUUUCUUCAGCUAAUCGACAGUAGCUGCCUCAUUAACAUCAUUGACAUGUAUUUCGUAUUAUUGGUUUGAGUUAAAAUGCAUCUUUUGAAGGAUGUGUAUGAAUUUAAGAGAUGGCCAAAGAACAUUUAGAAUUUUGUAAAGGACAAAUAAAUACAUCUCAAGUCGG